UUCAGGACAACCUCAGGACAUGGGUAAUAGGACGCAAGGCGCUGAAGCAGGUCCUCCACCAGACACAUCAGCCAGCGAGAGGGACGAGCAAGAUCAGGGCGAGUUAAUGACAAGUUCACGACAAAAGCGGAACGAAACCGUGAUACCGAUGCCAGAUCCUAGCUUGAGUCAGAUUAAGUGGUGUUCCUUCGAGGUUAUUUUUACAAUAUGCCGUUUAUCGUUCGUAACACUCAACUAUUAUAUGGACAUGAAAACCCUCAUCGACUACUUCAUUCAGGGGAAAACUGUCCUCUUUUAUUCGUACCUACUUUGCACUGCACUGCCAACCAUAUUUAUCCACCUUUUCAUCGCUUUAAGGCUCAAGCCUAACUGUUGCCAAUCCCUGUUCGUCUUUUUGUUCUCACCUUGGCUACUCUUGGUCAACCACAUACAAGUCUAUGGACAAAACACACCCAGAGAGAAAGAUAUAAAGCGCACUAUGACAGUCGUAGCAGUGAACAGUUGUCUUUUUAAAGCAGUUCCCCAGUUCUACAUCCAGAGCGCUGCUUGGUGGACUGGCGUUGAUGUAGUCUCGCCUCUUUUCUUUGAUGGCACUACAGAGAUUCUUAUACGGAUAUUGAUCAAGAUUUUUUUGGUGGCGUUUGAUCUUUUGGCCGAUUUUUCUGAAGAUAUGCCAUUAGUCUGGAAAUUAAUUAACUGCGUCCCUGUGGCUCCUGUUUUUGGUGCCCGCGUGUUUGUGUUCACGUCGCUCUUCGCUCUGCAAGAUUCCUGGCUGUGGAUUUCUUUCCUUCUUCCUUCCAUCGGCGUCGUCGCGUCUUGGCUCCUCAGUGCCAGAACAGGAGACAGGAGGGUCGUUGAGGCAUUUGCAAAGACCCUCCUCCUCCCACCCGCUGACAUGGUGGGCAUCGUCCCUUCUGCCUUGUACGUAAUCGUCUACGGAUUGGCUGUCUGUGCGGGCAAUAGCUGCACCCUAUUUCCAUUGUCUUUCGUGUUGCUCAGUCACGUCGUGGGAGGAAUCUUAUGGAAAGGUGUUUUAAAUAAAAAAUAUCAAAAGAGCUAGUAAGAGGGGCACAUUUCAAUGGGUUUCAAUCUUUCUGAAUGUUGCGCCGCCUAUUAAUGAUCACAAAACAUUGAUCUUAAUGUCAGAGAACUUUAGAUAUUUGAUAUAUUAGUAGGGGGUAUGUUAUGCUGAUGAUAUAUUUUUUUUGUUUUGUUUUUGUGAUUAGCACUCUGUCAUAUAAAACCAUUUGUGUAAUAAAUACUGAUUGUAUGUAAUGGCCUGAUAUGCUUAUGAAUCUCAUUUAGUGUCUUAAUGAAUCCUAUACAAUCAGUUAAUUAAUAUCAUUACUUAAUAAGUAGUAUUAUCAGAUGAUUAGUGAAUAACAAUAAAUAAAUAACUACUGGCAGGCUACAGAGUCAUCAAAAUGAGAAGCUAAUAUCUAUCACAUACUUUCGAAUAAGUCUCUGUUUAUAUUUUUUCUUUUGUAUAUAUGUUUAUAUGCAAUAGGCAAACACACAUCCAGUACACAAACACACACACAUAGAGAGAGACUAAUACGUCUCACACCUAGAAUGACCAUUGUAACAAAUGGAAUGAAACUAAAUUAUAUUCAUAUUAAUAUAUUCAAAUACAUGAAUGCAAAGAUGCAGAUUUUUAGCUCAUGGUUGUAACAAAGAAAGAAAACAGACAGCUUACGAUCAGGAUUGA